AUGGCAUCAUCGAACACGGCACACCUUCUUGCCCAGGCUCAAGUGCCAGCCUUCACAUGUCCUCCAGGCACCAAGAUGCAUUUUCUGGACCUCGGGACGUUGGAAGCCGAUGAGGGAUGGCUACUCCGAGGCUCGAACACGAGCUCUCUGAGCAAUAAAAAUCCCGAGAACAAGCGUCGCGAACUAAUCAUUCUGGCUGCGUUGAUCGAGUAUCCGGGCUUUGGAUGUAUCCUCUUUGAGACGGGCUGUGCAGAGGAUUUGCAAGUUGCCUGGCCGGCUCCGCUUACAGAUGUCUUCCCACGGACCGGCUAUAGUGAUCAGCAAAAACUGCCCAACGCAAUCAAAACCACGGGCAAUGACAUUAAAGACGUGAAAGCGGUCGUGAUUGGACAUCUCCAUUUGGAUCACGCCGGAGGACUGGAGCACUUCAUGGAUACGGGGGUACCUAUCUACGUCCACGAGGAGGAAUUCAAGCAUGCAUGCUGGGCGGUUGGCACACAGGCCGACCUCGGCGUUUACCUUCCUGGUUACAUGAACCUGGAACGUCUGAAAUGGAACACCUUUAGCGAGGAUCAUCUCGACCUCUACCAGGGAGUCACGCUGCACCAUAGCCCAGGGCACACACCCGGGCUUUGUGUGAUGCAGGUCAAUCUCGAGAAGAGCGGGACGUGGAUCUGGACGACGGAUCAGUUCCACAUCGCGGAGAAUUACGAGUUGAGUCACCCGCACGGAUGGUUGGCUCGGGAUCACAACGCCUGGAUCAAGAGUUUGAAAAUGAUCCAACGGCUACAGAGAUUGUUCAAUGCCAAAUUGAUAUUUGGACACGACAAAGACGUUGCGGCGAAGUAUAUGGGGGAGAAGUUCUACGAGUGA